AUGGCUCUACCUUUACCGGAUGACAAGCCAGACGACAAAACUGAUGACAAGGCAAAGGACAAGACUGAUGCCAACGACACAUCCAAGGCAGACACCACCAUCCAAUCCGCCCUCACACCUAUGCUUCUCCAAAUCGAUCCCAAGGCACCCGACCGCUUUGUCACAGCCAGUCCCAUCGGACCCACAACCUUUGGUACCGCCGACCAAAUCCAAUCCAACUACGCCCUCGCCAACAUCGCUGACCGCCCCUUUGCAAAGAGCGAGUACACCACCUGGGGCGCAACCUACAACGCCUUUCUCCUCGAGACAGGCACAGACGACCUCCCAUCCUUUGCAGCCCAGAAUUCGCUCAUUGUCCGGUAUUACAACAUCCUCGGCAGGCUCGCGGUGUACCAGACCAAGCUGAUGAAGGCAUACCAAGAUGACGUAGGAGGGGAGACGACGAAUAUCGGUGUGAGCGCAGGCGCGGGUGUCCCUCCCGCGGACCCGGUUAGUCUGCGGAAGAUGGAGGAGUGGGGUCGGGGAGAGAUUGUCAAGGCCGAGAUGGAGGGAUGUGAGCAGGAUUUGGUGUUUACCAAGAGUGACUGGGCUGCGUACCUCAAGCUGAAUAGGACACUAACGGAGAUCCUGCCUGAGUAUGAUGACCAGACUCUGGCCAAUCUCAUUGCAUCCCAGGCAUAUGUGGAUCAGAGACUGCUGUAUAGCUACCCUGGGAUGGUCAACCGGACGAUGGUGGUGGCUGGGGAGCAGGGCAGUCCUUCAGCUUCGUAUGUCCCUGCGUGGACUGCCACUAUUAUCAAUGCUACAAAGGUCGAUGGGGCAUCUGCAAAGGAGAUUACCGGAAAUUUGGAAAAGGCGGCAAGGAGGGAAGAGGCAGAUGAUCCUCCUGAAGAUCCUACUUCCAAGACUACUUCUGAAUCUGCUGACACUGAUACCACAACUACCAACUCUGCCGAUUCCAGUACAGAGACUGGGGGCUGUAAACCCAAGAAAAAGCGAGGUGCUGCAAAUAAAAUUGCGUCUGUAUUCCGUGCUGUAGCAGCAGCAUCCUCCUCCUCCUCCUCUCCGCUCCAAAUUAAUGGACACGGCAUAGUCAGCCACCAGGUUGCUUCUUCCUCUUCCUCUUCCUCUUCAUCCACCACCCUCUCCUCCCCCCUCACUCCCAGCAGCAACCUCAUCCUCGUCUCCCUCCAAGAAGGCACCUGGGCCGACAAGCGCGCAGAGUUUAUCAAGUACGCAUGGGAGGAGCAGCCCGAGAUCGCAGAAGUGUAUCUGGGGAAGCAGGGGGAAGGCCCCAUUGGGCGACGGUGGACUCACGUGGUGUUGUUGGCGGAGGGAGAGGGAGAGGUGGAGACUAUUUGGUUGUUGGGUAUGGUUUGGGGGGCUUUACCUCGGCCUGACGAGGAGGAUGGGUGA